AUGGCAAUCACUCGGUCAUCUUCAUCCCCUUCUCCAGUUCUCAAAAAGAAAUCAAAAAUGGGCAAGAAAUCUUUGGCCAACAAAUCCAAGGGUAAACGCCCAAUCAUUGAUGAUUUUGAUUCUGAUUUUGAAGCUCCCAUGCCGAAGCGUGUGAAACCCACUUCUUCGAAGAAAUCGAAGCUGAACUUGGAGGAGUCCUCGCUUCCAGAAAUUUCUGGGAAAAAAUUUCAGAAACCUGUUACACAUUCUGCAGAUCGGACUGAGGUUAUGUGUUUUGUUUUCGUUUUUGGUGUUUUCAAUCAUUCUUCGUUAGUUUCUUUUCAGUUUUUAAAUAGUUUGUUACUGGUUUGGGACUGUAAAUUUAGUCCUUCUGAUUUUUACAGAUCUAAGUGUGUGUGCACCAGUGUGUAUUCUUUUGGGCAUUUUCUGGAUAUGCCUGAGUUUGUUUUUCACCCACAAGUCGUUCAUAGUUUACUACUAAGGGAAGUUUUACAGCCUAAUCCUAAGGAGUUUUGGGCUAAGGUUGCUGGCCGUUGCAUACGGUUUAGUGCCGAAGAAUUUUACCUUAUUUCUGGUUUAGAUUGUUUCGGUGAUUGCAACAACAAUACUCCUGACAAAGAAGUGUCUAGGUUUGUUCUAGAUAUAGUUGAUAGCGGUCGGUGGGAUGAGUAUUGUUGGGGUAGGGAAUCAUUUGAAUUGACAAUUGACUCAUUCAAAGAGAGUUUCAUCUUCUAUUCCCGUGAUUCGAAUCGGAGCAACACCAUCGUCACCAAAAAUCCAACCCUUCGAGACUUGAAGGGCAAGAUUUUUGAUUUACCUUUGGAGAAGUUGAAGAUAAAAAACAUGCGUCCUACUGAUGAAGAGAGGCAGCAGCUUCAACUUGACGGUCUAUUUCUCGAUGAAUCUAUUGAUGAACGUGGUGUAGUGAAGCAAUCCUUCGAUGGUGGCUCAUCUUCAAAGAAGUCUGAUUCAGCAGAUAUUGAUUGGAUGAAAUCUAAGCUGGAGAUGCUCAGUUCGAAUCAAUCAUCAUUGGCCGAGGACUUCAUUUCGUUGAGGUGUUUUGUUGAUUUUAAUUUCAAAUCUGUAAUGACUGUAAUUAAGGAUAUCCAAGAGAAGGUUAAUGCCAUUCAUCGUCGUCCUUCUGACGAGGGAAAGUCAUCGGAUGAAUUAGUAACUCAAGAUUCUGAUGAUGAUCCUGAUGAUGAUGAUGAUGAUGAUGAUGCCGAGGAUGAUGACAAGCAAUUGCCUGAUCCAGAAAAUAUUGAUUCCGACUCCGACGAUGGUGGUGAGUUGGUUAAAGUUGGUGGGGAUGCUGAUGAUGCUGACAAGGCUGUUACUGCUGUCCCUUCUGCUGAUGUGAAUCCUUCUGAGGAUGUUGGAGGGAGUGAUAAAAAUGUUAAGGAUGUUGAGAAGCCGAAGGGCGAUGAGUCUCGAUUGAAGGGGGACGAUUUCUUUGAUGGGUUGAGCCAGCUUGUAAUAGAUGAUGAUCAAGUUGUGUUGGCUGGCUUGGAGGCUGUUGCUAAAAUCAAUGUCCCCGCACCCAAUCCAGAUGUUGUUGGUGAAAAGUCAGAUGCCAUUCAUACUGAUGAAGAAACUGAGGAUACUGUCUCUGAUACACCUCUGUUGGAUAAGAGGAAGCGUGCUCCGGCCUUGAAAUCUCCAUUUGUUGAUUUCGGGUCCGUCGAUGUCGGGAGCACUCCAAUGGAGCUUAUGUCCUCGUGUUCUCGUCCGCUGGGGAUGAUAGGGAUUUCAAAAUGGUGA